AUGCCUUCAAACAAACUGCAACACGAAGAAACUGUGUUUAUUAAUCGACUUAAUAAGCUAAUAUCCGCAAAUGAAAAACUAACUGGAAAUACCUCAGAUAAAGAGGCGACAAACAGGUAUAUUAUACCUGAUAACAUUGACGAAAAACAUCUGGAGGAACAAGCCGAACAAUUGUUGAACCAGCUCAUUUUAGAUAACAAUCUAAACGAUGAUAUGGAUGAUAUUUAUAGCUUGAUAGACGAUACCACAGCUUCGCCAACGAUGGCCUCUGACCCUACAACUAGCAUUGAUUCAUUUGAAAAGGCAAAUAAGAAACUUCAACAACUGGAGGACGUAUUUUUAACCACCGUCCCUAAUAGCAGCGAUAUCCAUCUUGAUGUGGAUGAAACAACAGAUGAAUUGAUACAAAAAAUGAAAGAUAUGGCUCAUUUAGACAGUAAAUACGAACAAUUUAUCGAAUCAACGGACCAAGAGCUGAAAGAGCGAUACUUGAAAUUGAAAAAAGACGCACCGAAACUUCCUGAUAGUUACGGGUUAGCUGCUGCAAGUGACAAAAAUAAACCUAGGGGCACUGUGCCUUCUUCGAUGUCUAAGGACGAACUCUUACAUAAUGAGAUGGAGGAUUGGUGCUGCAUAUGCAAUGAAGACGCAACAAUUGUAUGUGAAGAUUGUGAUGAUGAGGACAAUAAAUAUUGCAAAGAUUGUUUUUACCAUCUACAUCAAAGCGAAGAGGCUGAUUACGAAGCAACAAAACACAAAAGCAAAAUUUAUCGUAGGCUACUUUGA